AUGUCUUCUCAAUCGAAUCUGAGCGCCGCUGCCGACGAUCGAAAGGCUCGUCUGGCCAACCUGCGCAAUCUCAAGCGCAAACAACCCACAGACGAGAUUGUCGCCCCCGAGUCGACUCGCUCGCCAUCGCCGCCAGCUCCCGAGAAAGACCUGUCGUCGCUGCACCUAUCCGGGCGCAACUAUGACCCAGAAACCAGAGGGCCCAAACUCGGGUUCGAGGCACCGCCAACAUUGGCCGAGGACAAGGCUACGCUCGAGGAGCAAGCAGCACAACUGGAACAGGAGGCGCGUCUGCGCGCAGAAGAAGCGACACGGGACGACAAGGGGAUUGAUCUCUUCAAGCUACAGCCCAGGAAGCCGAACUGGGAUUUAAAACGCGAUCUCGAGAAGAAGAUGGAAAUCCUCAAUGUACGGACAGACAACGCCAUUGCUCGCUUGGUACGAGAGAGAAUCGCAGCCGCCCAGCAGGCAAAAAAGAAAACCAAUGGUCUGGAGAAGGAAAAGAUGGACGGGGAAGCGGCUGGGGUGGACGGCGUCACACUGGUAGAGGGACUACGUAUGAGAGAGAAGGAGGAGGAGGAGGAGGAACGACGAGAAAAGGCCGAGGCCGAAGCGGAGAACGCGGCUUGA